GGUUGUUAUGGUAACAGGAGCCGGCUGGUUGCAGCUCAGUGAUCGCAGCAUCCAGCGCUAGGAGCGGGUACCAGAGGCAGCGGACUAUUCCCGGAGAACAGCGUAACCAGCAGCCGCCCUUCCCCAUGCCUCCUCCGCGUUAUCCCGCCCGGGGCCCUCAGCUGGUCCUUCUUCUUCUGUCCGGGCUUCUCCUGGUCUCUUCGGAUCUCCCCGGGGAGCCAUGCGGGGGAAAAGCGUGCGACACGCAGUUUGUUGCAGAUCCCUGUGGAGAGAAGCCUUGUGUCCAUGGAAACUGCAGUGUCAGCGGGAAUAGUUACUUGUGUAUCUGUAGCGAUGGAUUCACUGGAGUCCACUGUGAUAUACCACCUUUUGAACCCACAGACACCUCUGUCACUGAAAUGCCACAAUUUAUACAGAGCACAUUAGAGCCAACGACAGAAAUGCCUCAAUCUCCAGCUGUCAUGGUACUGCCAACAUGGAGGCCAAAAGUGGGCCAGAAGGUGACAACCCUUCUGUGGGAUGAAGUACAGGUCAUUCCAGAUGUCGCUUGUGGAAACGCGAGUUCUAAUAGUUCCUCGGGAGGACGACUGGUGACUUUUGAAGUUCCAGAAAAUACAACUGUAAAAAUUUCUCAGGACGCCACUGCUUCCCUGAUUCUUCUAUGGAAAGUGACAGCCGGAGGCUUCAACCAGUGUUCCCUUAUAGAUGGCAGAAGUGUUACCCUUCUACAGGCGCCGGGGGGCCUUGUUUUCCCUGAAGAAAUGUUGGUACUUGGAAACAAUUAUUUCAUUGGCUUUGUGAACGAUUCUGUGAGUAAGUGCAUUGUGGCUUUACGGCUUGUCGUGGUGGUUAAAGAGACUGACUGUAUAUCUGAAGGAAGCAGCCCCGAGGCCCCACAUUGCUUUGGGAAAGGAGAAUGUGUUACCAAGAAGAAAGAGGACACCUAUACCUGCCACUGUAACCCUGGAUUCAUUGGUGCCUACUGUGAAGAAUACGAUGCCUGCCAUAGUCACCCCUGCCAAAAUAAUGCCACAUGCAGUGACCUCUUACAGAAGCACGAUGGAAAAAAUGCAACCUGCAUUUGCCUGCCCGGUUACACUGGGGAAUAUUGUGAAGCUCUAGUGGAUCACUGCUCUCCCCAGCCGUGUAGAAACGGAGCUACCUGUGUGACAAGUCUCAGUGGGUUCAGCUGCCAGUGCCCUGAGGGCUUCUUUGGCUCCUUCUGCGAGGAGAAAGUAGAUCCAUGCUCCACAUCUCCUUGCCUGAACAAUGGCAGUUGUUACUCGGCUGGCCUCUCAUUCUCCUGCCACUGCAGUCCAGGGUACAUGGGUCCCACAUGCUCCCAGCUUGCGGAUUUCUGUGCCCUAAGUCCUUGUGCCCAUGGGAUCUGCCGAAGCAUUGGAACCAGUUACAAAUGUUUGUGCAUUCCAGGUUACCAUGGCUUGUAUUGCGAGGAGGAAUACAACGAGUGUUUGUCAGCCCCAUGUCAGAAUGGAGCUUCUUGUAAAGACCUGGUUAAUGACUACCAGUGUCUUUGCCCAUCAGAAUAUGAAGGUCGUCACUGUGAGCUGUAUAAAGACCCAUGUGUGAAUGUCAGCUGUCAAAAUGGAGGGACUUGUGACAGUGAAGGACUGAAUGCUACCUGUGUCUGUGCAUCUGGAUUUAUGGGGGAGGAGUGUGAGAUUGAUAUAAAUGAGUGUGACAGUAACCCGUGCCACCAUGCUGGUACUUGUGUAGACCAACCCAAUGGCUACAUCUGUCACUGUCCUCAUGGCUGGGUUGGAGCCACCUGUGAGAUCCACCUACAGUGGAAAGCUGGCCAUAUGGCAGAGAGUCUGACAAAUAUGCCUCGCCAUUCCCUGUACAUAAUCAUAGGGGCACUGUGUGUGGCCUUUGUUCUAAUGUUGAUCAUACUUAUUGUGGGCAUCUGCAGAAUUAGCCGCAUUGAGUACCAAGGAUCAGCUCGACCCGCCUAUGAGGAGUUCUACAACUGCAGGAGCAUUGACAGUGAAUUCAGUAGUGCCAUUGCAUCAAUUCGGCAUGCACGGUUUGGGAAAAAGUCACGCCCGGCCAUGUACGAUGCAACUCCAGUAACAUAUGAGGACUACAGCCCCGAUGACAAACCUCUUGUGACGCUGAUCAAGACAAAGGAUUUGUAGUUUGCCCCCUGCUCUGUAGAUUUCAGAAGAGGCGAUCGAUCAUCUUUUAAAAGGAUGAAUUACUAAACUGACUAAUAAUUUUUAAGAAAAAGAAAAAUGAAUCUGAGACCUGAUUCUCUAUUGCAGGAUUCAUUCAUUCCAUGCAUUCUUUGGGGCAUAGGUCAACACAGCUGUGAACUAACCCGUUUUCUGCAAGAGGGGCCUUCCGGCUUCCCUAGCAACUAACGGGUUAAGCAUAUACUGGAAGUUUAUCUAAAAACUCCUUCCCAAAAUCUACUUGUGUUAGCAAUGUUACAGUCUGAACAGUAUGCAGGCAUUACCCGUAGAGUUAGGAGACGUAUAUAAUACAUAAUUUAUCCGUUGAUAGGCAUAUAGAGAGUCUACAAUGUUUGUGUUGUGAAUCAAAGUAAUCAAAACCCAGUUGUUAACCUUUCUAACUGGAACUGACUAGAAUUGUUCUGUUUUUAUUUUAUUUUUUUACUAUUAUAAUUUUAUGCUUUUUUUCUGCAUGGUUCGCUAGCAAUAACCCUGCCUUGAUUUUUAGAACUGCUCUUGAGUCGAUGUCGAGGUCCAUUCAAAUGUUGUGUUGUGUUGGUAAAACCAACCAGUACAGAUGAUAAGAAGCAGAUUAGAACUAGGCCGAGCUCUUAUUUUUCUCAGACACAGACAGGUUUUUCUAUAUUGUGAGUAAGGCUUCUUAUUCUAGACAUUGCUGAUUUACUUCAGGAGAAUCUGCUUCUUAGCUCGUGGAUUGCAUUGUGCUGUAUAAUUCAUAUGUGAUCAGCGUUUACUUUCUUUAUUAUAGACUUUUUCAGCUUUGUUCUUGGAAACUUCAGAUAUUCAGAAUAAAUGUUAUGAAAUGA